AUGGGCAUUCGAAGGCCUGUUCUGGAAAAUGUGCACCUUUAUGCCAGUGUAGCGUGUCUGGUGCCUCCGAACCAAGGCUGGUGCCUACAGCAAGAAUACGAGUCCAGUCUGCCUACUGCCAGUGUCAUCAUCUGUUUCCAUGAUGAAGCUUGGUCUACCCUGCUGAGAACCGUGCACAGCAUUAUGGACACAGCCCCAAAGGCCUCCCUCAAGGAUAUCAUCCUGGUCGAUGAUCUCAGCCAGCAAGGGCCCCUGAAAUCAGCUCUGAGUGAAUACAUUUCUAAGCUGGAUGGAGUGAAACUUAUCCGGAGCAACAAGAGGCUUGGAGUCAUCCGAGGUCGGAUGCUAGGAGCUGCACGGGCAAGCGGGGAUGUGCUCAUCUUCAUGGAUUCACACUGCGAGUGUCAGAAGGGCUGGCUGGAACCCCUCCUAGCCAGGCUGUCCAGCAACCGAAACAAUGUCGUCUCCCCCGUCAUAGAUGUCGUAGACUGGAAAACUUUUCAGUACUAUCACUCAGUGGGCCUGCAUCGAGGUGUUUUUGAUUGGAAACUAAAUUUUCAUUGGGAACCAGUGCCAGAGCAUGAAGAGAAGGUACGACAGUCUCCCAUCAGCCCUAUCAGGAGUCCUGUGGUAGCUGGUGCAGUGGUAGCCAUGGAUCGACAUUACUUCCAAAACAUUGGAGCUUAUGAUUCUGACAUGACCACAUGGGGAGCAGAAAAUCUGGAGCUAUCUAUAAGGACCUGGCUCUGUGGUGGCUCUGUAGAAAUUAUUCCAUGCUCCCGAGUUGGGCACGUCUAUCGAAAUCACUUUCCCCAUGCUUUUUCCUAUGAAGAUGCCAUCGUGAGGAACAAAAUCCGAAUAGCAGAGACCUGGCUGGGCCCUUUUAAAGAGCACUUCUACAAGCACGACACAGUGGCUUUCUUAAUCAGCAAGGCAGAGAAGCCAGACUGCAGUGAGCGCCUUCAGCUACAGAAGAGACUGGGAUGUAGAAAUUUCCAGUGGUUUGUAUCAAAUGUGUACCCCGAGCUCUCCCAAGCUGAAGACACACCAAGAUUCUCUGGCAAGCUUUACAAUACUGGUGUUGGCUUCUGUGCAGAUUACAGACCUGGAAGAGCCACUACAGAAGGCUCUAUUGAACUCUCCCCUUGCAGUGACAGUCUAACCCAGCACUUUGAAUAUAACAGCAUGAAGGAAAUCCGGCUUGGUUCUGCUCCACUGUUUUGCUUAGAUGUCAGACACGGGAAGGUUAUCCCUCAAAACUGUACAAAGGAGACAGACAACAGCCACCAGCAGUGGGAUGUCCAGGAGAAUGGAAUGAUUGUCCACAUCCUUUCUGGCAAAUGCAUAGAGGCAGCAAAGAGUGAAGAUGAGAAGGACUUGGUUUUGUUUGCAUGUAACAAGAAUGCAAAUCAGGCGUGGCAAUUUGAACGUUCCCAUAUGCUGCGUCAGAGAUGACUGACAGGUCUCUGUGGAGGUCAAGUCUCCAAAAUCUACCAUUACUUCUGUUUGGGAUUUAAGAUACAUUUCCUGCAUGGACAAGAACAAUGUUUGUGUUUGCUGUUGCAUGCAAGGAAGUUAGGAAGGUCUCUCCUUCAAAAGCCUGGCUCAAAUAGUUGCCACCAGUUCCUUGUCUAUUCAGCUGUAGCUAAAAAUUCUAUUUAUUCUGUGAAGCAGGGAAU